GUUAGGAUAAAUACUUUAAAAACAACACCUUACGAUAAUUUCUAUUUGUACAUGUAUGGAAGUCACAUAUCUGAUAACGAAUAACUGUAAUUAAUUUACACGCAUAUAAUAGAAAAAUAAGCAUUGUUAUUAUAAAUUCAUUAACGUUUCUGUUCAAUGUAGGAACGCAAGUACAAAUUAGGAAUUUGUAUUGGCGGGAUAAUUUGAAUUUCGAUCAAAUGAUUUCGACUGCUUUACGAACGGAUCUAUUUGCAACUUCUGGUCUUGUUUACAUUUAUCGAAGCACUUUGUUUUUGCAAUAACACUGGCGAUUAGAAUUAGAAUACACGUACCUGUGCAAAAGCAUUUCUGGAGAAGUGGGGAGAGGGUGGUCGAUAUUACCCGCAAAACCACCUUGCUUCGAGAAUCGAGUGGCGGCAGUCACAUGUCGGCCGUAGUCGGGUGAGUUUCUCGUUUGAUGAUUGCUUCGAUCACAGAGUAGAGUACUCUGUGAUAUUAAUUGUCGCGUCGUUUGUCAUAAGAUGUGGUUGAGUUAAAUAAAAAAAAUGUGCACGACACAGUGGCAAUAAACGUGGAAACUGUGACAUGUGCAUCGCUACAGUAACAACAUCACGUCUUCCUUGUGCAUGACACGAGCUAAUCCUCGCGUGACUCGAUGAACGACAAGGGACUAGGAAAGCGAUUACCAAGGAAGAUGGUGAAGGACCUACGGUUCCCGAGGGACGAGACGUAGGGUGGUAUGUCCGAGUGCUUCGAGUAUUCGUCAUCUAUGACAGGAUCGACGAAUGCGGGGCCUCUGCAGCCCCCGAAGGAUUCCUCGCCCCUUCUUGGACGAUCGUCGCCGUUCGAUUUCUCCUCGACUCCUCUGAGGCCGUCUCGCCGAGGUCAUCGUCACCGGCUCCAUCGAAAGAUGACAUUGACCUCACCCAACGGCCAACCUGUACAGCUCACUCCUCUCUGGGAACACGUGGUGCGCACCAGGAAAUUUCCAAGCGAGGUCGACACGCGUCUCACGUUCCUAGAGAUAUCGGAGAGACUGCGUGAUCCGGAAUGGGAGGUGCGUCAGCACGCUCUUCGCGUGCUCAUAGACGUGCUGCCGACUUUGAACGCUGACAUCGUGGACAAGGUCAUGCAACCAGUGGUGCCGGAGCUGGUCAAUAAUUUGGGCCACCCGGCGCCGGCUGUUCGCAAGGGUGCUCUCGACGCUUUGCGGGUUUUUCUCAUUCACAGCCGUGAUAGGGAGAACACCAUCAAGAACAUUCUUCAGGAUGGGUUGAACCGUUCCGAGGUGCGCGACUCCUUUCAAACGAACGUCACCACGGGAGUGAUCCUGAGCGUUCCGUCUCUGCUGUUCCCUUCGUCCAGCAGCCCCUCUCCUAGCGAAAAGCUCGUGAAGGAUGCAACAAUUGCUCUGGCAUCCAGACUGGCUCAGGUCCCACACCAGGAGGCCGUGCUGAAGUCGUUGAUGAAGAUCCGUGACGCAGUGGGCGUUCAGGAGUUCGAGGACUACUUAAAAGACUACGACAACAAGUUAAAACGGAACAUCGAAAUCCUGUCUAAGAUCUACAACGUCAAGUCCGCGAAGAAAGCUCACAAGAGGGCAGAGGUUGAUGGUAAAAGCGUCGAGAAAGCGGAGUCUAAAGACCUAGACAGGAAGUGGGAGAGCGACAGCGACACGUCUGGUAUCGCGGAAGAGGAAGACGAGGUGAAUGGAGUUAUGCCAGCGGCGAGGGUAGUGUUAGAGACUGAGAUCAAGUUCAACGAAGAAACUGCCAUCACGAUGACCAUCUUGGAGGAAAAGGAAGACAGCGAAAAGGAGCAGGACGACGAGAGCGGGACGGACGUGAGAAACGACGUGGAAGCCAAAGACUCUUCUCCCGACAGACGGAAGACUCCUAGAAGGGUGCACUUUGGAGGUGAAGUAGUCAAACUGAGAACUCCGGAUAGCGACGAGACAGAGUCACUCGAGGCAACCCCUAAGACUAGGAUUCCCCUUCCCGUUUCUCCAGCUACGAAAAUGCCUAACACCGGGAGGAGACCGUCUUCUCAGCCUUGCAGUCCUCGCAGAGAGCCUGGGAAGCUAAGGAGAGCGUCCAGGUCCGUCUCCAGCAGCCCCAAGAGAGAAGUGUACACUCACAACGCGGACCUGAGUCCUAAGAAGAGUAUCCUUUCGAGAACCAGCAGUCCAGUAGUUAGCAAAUCUGUGGAACAAUCUAGGAAAAAGAGGAAUUCGAGGGGACAGGAAGAGAAGAACGAGUUGAAUAAGAAUAAUGAGAAUUUGAGGGUCCUCGCGAUUGUUGGGAGAAUAGAAGAGGCGAAGAAGGAAGACGUUAAGCUGCUUCAAAGUGGCCAGAGCCUCGGGAGUUUGGCCUCCAACAAUUCAAUUAGUUCGAAGAAUAAAGACGAGAAAUUGGACGAAAGUACAGAUAAAGUGGUUGAGACAGUCAGCAAAAGUGUUUCGAUAGCAGAUAUGGAAAGCUUGAUUGUAAAACAGUCAAAUGUUCCGAAGAGGAGAGUCGAAGAGAGAUUUGCUACCCCAGAAAAUGAUCAAAAAGUGGAUUCACUGUUUGGUUCAUUUGUGGAAGAGGAAACCGAGCCGAGUAAUGCGAAGAUAGAUGAAGUCGAUGACGAAGGCGAUCGGUUAUUCGCGAGGGACUCGAAGGCUGACGAAAAGGAUGUUUCGGGUAGAGAUGUUGAAAAGUUUAAAAGUGUUACGACGAAGGAGGGUAAUGUCGGUGGCGAGUCGUUAGAAAACGCUGGCGGUGAACGAACGACGAAGCGUGAUCGCGAUAAGCGCGAUGUGAUUGAGAAAAAUGGCAGUGCAGCUCAUGGUAUUGGAGACAUGGCGGGUAUAUCGGAGGAAUCUAGCUGGGAAGAGUUGGGGUUGGUCGACCAGGAAGUGCUGGAGGAUCUGCAUAACAAAGAAGACUGGCGUGCUCGUGUCAGAGGCUUUGAGAGGGUAGCAUCGGCUUUACGAACGUCUUCAGCACUGAUCGCGAUAGAGCCGCGAUUAGGAUCUCUUUUGCAUGCAGUGUUGGGCAAUGAAAAGAGCUGUCGAGUCGCUGCUGCCGGCCUUGCAGUGGCAAAGGUGGUCGUAGCUGGUGUAAGCGAGGAAGCUCUGAAGAAGAGGCUGCCACAGUUAGCCUGGGGUUUAGCGAGGCAAGGUGGUCCGAGUGCUGCUCAGCUAGCCAGGAUCGCGAUGCUCAGGCUCAGACCUGCUCUUCUCUUGGAGCAGCUUCUGCAGCCGCAAUGUUUGAACGCCAGAAACGCAAAGAUCAGAGAAAACACCCUGCAGCUGUUGAUCUUUUCCUUGAUAACAUUUCCAAGCACGGAAUUCAAAGUGGACGCCGUGGCUAAUAAAGUAGCCAAGAUGGUCAGAGAUCGACGUCGCAGGGUGCGACAAGCUGCACUUGAUACUCUGGCUGUUCUGGCGCAGAUCUACGAAUCCGAGGAAGUAUUAGCCGCUGGAAAACGCGCUUCGGAAGGGCACCACGACGGAGAGGCAAUGAUCUCUGCUAUUAGAGCACGCCUCGCACGGAAGUCCUUGCCUCUGGUUUCCGCCGAUGGCCUUGUCAUGUAUGGCCUACAAAUUUCACCUACCGUGCAAAUAGCCACAGGCCCUGACGUCGAUUGGAUCGUGGCAGGAAGUGGCUCCGUUUCCCCUGGCAUUGGUCGUACCAAAGGACAAAUUAUAUCCACGAGGUCAGAAAAGGAGAAACUUGCAAGGAAUGAACAUGGCAACUACAAUGAAAAUCGGUGGAUCGACAGGCCAAAUUUUGUUGCUCUUGGAGUGGGUAUGCGUUCUAAGACGGAUCACCCUGUGGUUUGGCAGAUAGUUCCAACGCAAAGUCAGGACCUCCAAUGCGAAGAUGAAGCAAACCUACGAGCGUCUCGAGGCGUGAACACUGACAUCCGGGACGGCGCCAGCUCCAAUUCGAACGCGAAGAAUCAAGCGAGACUUCCGGCUUCCACAAAAGAAUCUACAAAUUAUAGAAAUAUCGUUGACGAUAAUUUUGAAAGAAGAGAAAUUAACAAUAAAACAGAAUCUAGGAUACCUGUGUUAUUCACUCGCGAUCGAGGAUCAAAAGUCGUCGAUUACAACCUGGAUAAAUCUACUAAUUUUGAAUUAAUCGCCUCUCAGUCGAGGAGAAGAUUAAAAGACGCUGCGGAGACCACCGCGCACAUGAGUUCUCAAGAAGAAAACGGCAGAGGAACCCUGUUCCGAAGAAAAAAGAAUCAAGAGAACAGUACUAGCACGCAAGAGUCAGAUGUUAUCCCCAGAGUUCAUCCGAAAUUUUUGGAGAAAGAUAGGUAUCAAAAGAAGCCUGACGUCGGGUUAAGAUACGGUCGCUCAAGCUCUAUUGAACGUAAUCAACCAUCUUUGCCGAGGAACGUUAAGCAACAGACGUUUGUUAUGCAUGACAUGUACAACACGAGUACUCGUAGAGAGGGGCGGUUUACCGAUGAGAACUCUUUCCGACCAUUGCGGACAGCUCCUACACCAUUGACGCAUACCUACAAUAAGAUAGAUUUUACACAAAGAGGAGGCGAGAUUGACGAUACAAACAUGUUAUCAAGAGCAAGGUUCUACCGCAGGACGAAGGACGCAGCCGCACAAAAAAUGAACAAUGUCGAGUUGAUUUCAUCUGACGCUCAGGCAAAUGAUCAUUUUCCUGAGAUAUGCCCUGACACUCCUUACAGAAGAAGGCUACGAUCGUUGUCUCCGUCGCAACUAUAUCAUCGCCAACAAUUUGCUAGAAUGGCUGCCAACGAAGUACACGCAGCGUCCAUGUAUGAUAUAGACAAAGUGGUGAACGAGGAAGAGUAUAACGAAAAGAACAAACAUCAUUAUUUAACGAACGAAGACUACGGAGUGCACACGUUGGAUGCCAUUGAAACACGUUUCGAAGCGGAUGAUCAGGAACUGUCGUCGUCGGAUGCGUUGGAAAAUAAUUGCGAGCAAGAUACUGGACAAGACACUCACGACACCCAAGAUGACAGCGAGAGUAGAUCAUCCAGCCCCGAAAGAAAUAUAGACGCUGCGUUUGACAUUAUUACUGGCCAGUCGAGUUCUCCUGAUCAAGACACAGUCGACUUCGUUAUCGCGUUGGGUGAGAAAAUUGAUGCCACAAUUGAGCCACCGAUCGGGUCAAUCGAAGACGACGUUUCCAAAAACUGGAGCAGCGAGGAGGAAGCAAAAUCGAGGAUCCAGAGUCGCGUGUCAACCAGGAACUCUCUAUGCUCGCAAUGUUGCGAGCAUCAGAACGACAGCGAAUCAAGUGCUUCCGACGAAGUCGAAGGAACGGAUGGAAGGACAAGCGCGGGAAGAAGAUCUAUAGUAUCCGUUUUAACGAAUGAACGGGCAUUGACAAGCGAAAAUUUGCAAACGUCUGCUGAAGAUCUGGCCUCAGACUUUCAAGAAGUGCUAGGUUCACCAUCGAGAAGAUCCAGCAGUCCUAAGAAAUCGAGUCGAUCGUCAAGCCAGAAUUCCAACGAUUUUGGAGCGUUGAAAUCACCUAGGCGUAAUUCCUGCAUCAGUUCGCAUAAAUUGAGUUUCGAUUUGGAAAAUAAAGAAUCCGCAGAUUCAAGCGAAGAGGGAGUGGUUUCGCCUAUACCACAGUGCGAAGAUGAUUUCCUCGAACCGAUAGAACCGAUUAAGUCCCGUAGAGGAUCCAAAAAUGUGGAAUCACCGACGAUCAUUAUUGCAUCCAGGCCUCACUCCACCGAGGCUCUCAACUACAUUGAAAAUCAUCUAGAGACCGCUGUUCCGUUAAUCGAAAAUGAUGAUAAUAAUGCCUGCAGAUUCAUUAAUGACUCUAACGGGAGUAAUACAUUGGACGAUGGACAAAGUCGGGAUAGCUCCAGCGAAACGAACACGGAGCCAGGAAUUUUAAAGAUUGAAACUGAACCUAUGGAAUCGGCCAAAAUGUCCAAACGAAUGACGUCGAAAGUUCCUCGCAUGAUGAGACGAUACCGAAGCAAAGGAAAUUUAGUAAAACUGGAAAAAACGAAGCCGAUUGUGCAACAGUGUUUUUCUCAGCUGGAGAGUAAAGAAUGGGAAAUUACCAUGAAAGGUUUGAAAGCAUUGUCCCAGAUUACAAAGCAAGAGCCGGAGUCCUUGGACGUCAGCACCACAGCGACGAUUAAUCGGCUCUUAGGUCGACAAAUAAAAAGUCUUCGGUCACAGGUGGCGCGUGCUGCAUGUCUGGCCGCUAGCGAUAUCUUUACUUCGCAAAUCCGUGGCAUAGAUCAGGAUUUCGAUGACAUAGCUGGACCAUUGCUUCAUAGGACAGCCGACACCAAUCGAUUUCUUCGGGCAGAUAGCAAUGCGGCCCUUGAUCGCAUGAUCGAACACCUUCCGCCACAUAAAACGAUUGGUGUGAUUGUCCAGCGAGGAGCUAGUCAUCAAAAUGCUAUCGUGAGGGCAGCGACCGCCAGGCUAUUGGCCUCUAUAGUCCAGCAGAUCGGACCAGAACACACCAUGAUGUUGCCAAAAGAUGUAAGGGACAAGUUACUCAACACGGGCGCGAGAUUGUUGAUCGAUGGGAAUCUGGAUGCUAGAAACCACACGAAAGGAAUGUUUAGAUGUCUCAUGGUCUACGAAGGAUUUCACAAAGCGUUGACAGACGCGGUCCCGGAAACGACAUUGAGGCACAUCGAGAAGACCUUGAAGACCCUUUAAUUUAACCAAUCGUUGCGUCAAUGACGAUCGAAUGAUCGAUAAACCCCAAAUAGUUUCAGACUUGUAUUGUCGUUUCAUCACUUUGAACCUUUGAUGGGAUCUUUGCGCAAGGAGAGAAAUUUUAGAUACGCAUUUUUCCACGCUCGCUGAUAUUUCUCUCAAUGCGCGCAUCUACAAUUUCUUCCCUGAAUUUAAUCAGCCAUGGAAGAGAAGAGAAAAUACAGUCGACUAGAUCAUCCAUCUAGUCGACUGAUAUCCGUCCGUAAAGUUUUGAUACUCCAAUGUACGUUCGUACAUUUCUUUUUUAUACCGUCUAACAAGCAGCAUACACGUCCGUCACGUUUGAACGAAAGCUUAUUUACAUAACGUGGGGUUUAUGAAGAAAUUAAUUGAGAAGAACUUUAAUACCAGGUUUCCCCGAAAUUUGACAUUAUGUAAAUAAACCUUCCUCCGUUACGCAGUACAGGCAUUGCUCUGAAGACAUAGCGAAUGUAGUGAAAGUAGAAUGUGUAAAGACAGACGUUUUAAAUAUAAAAAAAAGAGAAAUUCAAUUGCCCGAAAUUUAUAUAUGAUUUAUUGUGAUUUAAUGUAAACUUUGUUGCAGACGCGACACUUGUACUUGGAGUCUUAGUGCCUUGUUUUGUAAAGGUUUUAUUAUUGUUGAGAACAAAUUUAUACAGAGUUGUUUAACAAAGGUUUACGCCUUUAUUUUACGCCUUUUCGCGAAUAGGUACUCGUCUUUAUAUAUAACUGUUAAUGAAAUAAAAUGUGAUAUGCGUAAAGAAAUGAUUAAGUUUUAUUGAACAAUUACUUAUAAGUUGUAUGAAAUGAUCUCAAUAAAUUUUCUUUUUUUCUUUACUUCACCAACUCUUUCGCAAGGAGUUGCAGGAAGAACAUUAUAAUUGAUUUUCCUCGAAGAAAGGAAUACAUUGCUGAUGGCAAUGACUUCUUUUCAAAGAGCUUAAAAAUCGCUAUAAUUUUAAUGAAGUACAUACGACACUAUUUCGAUGUAAAUACAUAACUAACUAUGUACAAAUUGAUCAAACAACGUUGGAGUUGCUCAGUAUAUGUGAAAUCGAUCCAACUCUAUCAUUUAUCAACUGAAGAGAUAACAAAGUGAAUCAUGAAAUUGAUUGUCCCUCGUCGUAGUGCAAUAAAUUAUUUACAAUGUUUGUAUUUAUACAUACGUAUUUAAUUAUGAAUGCGUCACGUAUACGUGUAAUACUAAUUUAUCGAACAAAAUUAUAUACCAUUAAAUAAUAAAAUUAAUAUUGUACUCCGACUA